AUGCGGGAGCGAGUGAAGCGCCAUGGAGCGGCGGUGCUGCUGACGCUGUGCGCGGUGCUCGAGUACUGCUGGUAUUUUGAAGGAGGAUACCCCAUCUAUUUCAUAUGUCGCUCGUAUGAGGAAUGCUGUGGGACUCGCUGCUGCGUCCGAGCGCUUUCCAUCCAGAGACUCUGGUAUUUCUGGCUGCUGCUGAUGAUGGGCGUGCUCUUCUGCUGCGGAGCGGGCUUCUUCAUUCGCCGGAGGAUGUAUCCGUCAGUGCUCAGCGAGGAGCCCGCCUUCAACGUGUCCUUCACCAGACACCCGGUCAGCUCGCCAGUCUCCCAGCAGCCGGGCAUGCAAAGCUACGGUGACCCCUACGGCGCCAUGACGACGGCCCUGACCCCGGUCUACCCGGGUCAGACGACCCCAGCACACAUGAUGAGCUCGUACCCGCCGCCGCCCUCCUACUGCAAUCAUCCACCGCCCUCCUACGAACAGGUCUUCAGGAACGCCGAGAAGAAGAGCCACAGCCAGUCCUCACAGUGAGAGACGCCGCUGACGCUCUCGCAAAACUCUGCUUUUGUUUGUGUGUUUUCAGGACGCUCUUUCUUGCCCGUUCCCAGUUUGUUUAUCAUUUGAUUGGUGCGCUAUGGAGGGGCAACAAAGAGAGCAAAGGUCCUGAUGGGAUUAGAAACGGACUUCUCUCCUGACAGAGCUUUGAAGAAGCUGUCGGGAUGCGGAGCGCAGGAGACACUGAGAGUCUCGACUUCCUUUCUUUGAGAAGCUGGUCUUGAGGGGCAGGAGAGGACAGGAUGAGAUGCCCGUGGAAACACACGACAUCCAUCCUGAGGCCGACCGCACUUCAGAACACAGACAGCAGGAGUCUCGUACUGUAGACCGAUUCUGAUCUCAGAUGAGUGUUUUAUCACAUUGCAGCCAGUGAAUAUCAUGUUACCUGAGCCUCUCAAACAUGUGGAAGCCUGUUUAAGCCACUGAAUAAAAAUGAAAAGGUAAUUUAAUAAUCUCGCAAUUCUGACUUUUUAUUUUGCAACUGCAAGUUUCAUUCUGACGACUUUUUUUUAAGAGUUUUGUAAGAAAAUACUUUUUUGUCAGAAUUAGUCAGGAUAACUCGCAAUUGCAAGUUUAUAUCUAACAAUUCUGAGAAAAGAAGUCAGAAAUGUGAUACAAACUCACAAUAUUGUUAGAAAGUGUCAGAAGUGCAAAAUGAGUCAGAAUUGUGACUUGUUUCACAAUUAUGACUUUAUGUUACUCGGAAUUACAAGAUAAACUCACAAUUGUAAGAGAAUACUUUUUUCUCUGAAUUAGACUUUAUAACUCGCAAUUGCAAGUUUAUAUCUAAUAAUUAUGAGAAAAGAAGCCAGAAUUGCGAGAUAUAAACUCUCAACUGUAAAAAAUAAAAGUCCAACUUGCUAGAAAAGUCUGACUUGUGAGUUUAUAUUUUGCAAUUCUGACUUUAUUUCUCACAUAUCACACAAUUCUGAGUUCUGAAAAGUCUGAAUUGUUGCAAUUUUUUUUUUUUUUUUUUUUUUUUUUUUGUGGCAGAAACAGGCUUCCAUACAAUCAGGAAUUUGGCAGUUCUUUUGUUCCAGUCCGAGUGGUUUAAUGGGUCAGUAAACUCUUGUCUGGGUAUUAAUCUGAAAUAGAUGAUGAACUCACAUGGACUGAGUCUACUGAAGCCAUGUUAACUCUUCACAGCAAGCGAAAGAGAAAUUUAUUCACAUCUUUUCUGCUUCAUUACAGCCAUAGUGCCGUUUUUGUGGAUGGGCCAGAAAAUUGCAAAAGCUUGUUUUGGGUUAAAUGUCUGGUUUUGUUGGAGAGUUCACUCUUGUUAAUGGCCCUCUGCUAGUUUCUCCUGAAUUUAUCUGUGCAAAUGAAUUACUGGACUACAAUUAUCAUUGAAAUGUGUGCAGAUUAACAGUAAGGAUUCACCCUCAGUGAGAAAUACAGUGGAGUUAUUUGGAGGGAGUGAUGCAUUUACCACAACACCUGCUUGAAAACAACUCUUAAAGUCCCCAUGAAAUCAAACUGUAAGUUUUUUAGCUUUUAGUAUUAAUGUGUUAGCCUUAAGGUUAUGAAUAAGCUGGUAUGUCCCAGAACAAUGACAAAAUUCGCAUUUAGGUGAUAUAAGCAUUCAAAACUUACAGUCUCUCACUUCCGCAGAAACGGAUCACAGAUUUUCAUGACAUCACAUCGCACUUCAUCUUCUCAUCAAUCUUCUGUCCAAUCAAAAGCUCUCUAGAAUCCAAAGCGCCCGCCCACUGUCAUGCCCUGUCAAAUGAGGCUUUACGGAGCUCAACGGCUCUGAACGGUCGGGCCAAGCUAUAGUAUAAACGAACGCUAUUGGCUAUUUAAAAAAGGGGCGUGGCUGCUUGAUAUGUCCCCCCCUGUCUUCCUGGUUCAGUUAAAAUGAUGUCAACACAUAGAAUAACGCUGUGUGUUUCAAAGCAUUUCAGGGGACCUUUAACUAGUUUCAGGCCUCUUCAUUAGCAUGGAAAAGGAUCAAAUGUGAAGCAAACACAUUUACAUUGCCAACACUGGUUAAUGUCCGUUUCACAUUUAAACACUGGAUUAAAUUAAACUAAAAGCAAAUUAAAAUUUGCCAAAAAUUG